AUGUCAGACGAAGAGAAAACCACUGGUGCUAACUUGGACAUCAAAUCCACUUCAUCAGGAUUGGGAUCCAAAGACUUGGAGGCUCCUCCAACACACAAUGACGAUAACGAAAAAAUUGUCGUGAAACACCACACUAGUGAAGAAAUUGAAGCUAGCGGUCACUGGUACGAUAAAGGCGUCACUAUUUUGGGCCAUCGAAUUCGUUACUCAAACGCCAUGACCCAAGUCGUGGUGGUUGCGUUUGUUAUCUUCAUGACACCCGGUAUGUACAAUGCACUCACUGGUAUUGGUGCCUCCAUUAGUGACAAGCAAACCUCCGAUAAUGCCUCAGUGGCUCUAUACUCGACUUUUGCAACCAUCGGAUUCUUUGGUGGUACCAUUUGUAACACCAUCGGUGUUAGGUCCUCUUUGGUGAUGGGUGGUCUUGGAUACGCCCUUUACGCAGGCUCCUUAUUGUCUUUCAACCACAAUGAAAAUAAAGGAUUUGUCAUCUUUGCAGGUGCCUUGUUGGGUAUAUGCGCUGCCGUCUUGUGGUCCGCCCAAGGUAUGGUUGUUUUGAGUUAUGCCACCGAGGAAAAUAAAGGCAAAGCCAUCAUGAUUUUCUGGGUCAUCUUCAACUUGGGUGCAGUCAUUGGAUCCAUUAUUCCAUUGGCCGACAAUAUGGAAAAUAAAACUACUGCGGCAAACGAUGGUACUUUCAUUGCUUUUAUAAUUUUGAUGUGCGUUGGUUCUGUUAUUGCCCUUUUCAUGUUGGCACCUUCAAAAGUCUGGAAGUCUGACGGCUCAAGAGUUAUAACUCAAAAACACCCAGAUUGGAAGGUGGAAUUGAUGGGGUUGUUCAAAUUGCUCAUUAAAGAACCAAGCAUUUUAUUCUUAUUCCCAAUGUUUUUUGCCUCCAACUGGUUCUACACCUAUCAAUUUAACAACGUUAACCAUGGUAUGUUCAACUUGAGAACAAGAUCGCUCAAUUCACUUCUUUAUUGGCUUGCGCAGAUGGUUGGUGCGAUUAUUUUGGGCUACAUCUUGGACCUCAAACGCUUCCGUCGUUCUGUUCGUGCAAAGAUUGGCUGGGUAAUUUUGUUUGUUACCGGUCUCGCAAUUUGGGGUGGUGGUUUAAAGUUUCAAUUGGAGUUUACACGUGAGGAAGUCGAAGCCACGCCUCCACAAAUUACCCCCAUGGACUUUAAAGAGUCGAGGUAUGUCGGGCCUGUCUUUCUUUACAUCUUUUAUGGUCUUUAUGAUGCCAUUUUUCAAACAUACGUCUUGUGGACCUUGGGUGCCAUGUCAAACAACCCCAAAAAAGUUGCAUUAUACGCUGGUUUCUACAAAGGUAUUCAAUCUGCGGGCGCAGCAAUCGCAUGGAGGUUGGAUGCUCUCAGGGUGCCCUACAUGAACUUGUUUGCAUCAUCGUGGGCAUUGAUCCAAGGAUCUCUUUUGCUAGGAUUGCCUUUGAUUUGGUUCAGAAUUAAAGAUAGCACCAAUGCAUUAGCAGAUGAUAUGGACGAGAUAGUCGGAAUGGAUGAAAUAGAAGUUCAAAAAUCAUCUGUUGAACAUAAGGAGGAGAUUUGA